GGAGAAUGAGCGUUCACAAUAUCCUGGUUAACCCUUUUUUGUGUGUGAGGCCCAUCCAAUCACCCCUCUGCUUGAGGGAUAACUCAUGGAGUCUCCUAAGCUGCCGGACUCACCUGAACCAAACUCUUUGCUGCCACCCCCUGAGCCUGCCAUGCUUGAAGCUCACCAGCAUCCCACCCACCGGUGCCCAGCUUGUCAUAAAGCCUUCCUUUCUGCAGCAGCUGUGCAUGAUCAUCACUGCCAGGCUGAGAGCAAGAGCCAGAAUUCCUGUCCCGUAUGUGGGAAAGUGUUCAAAUUUGCAUACUACCUGGCACGCCAUCGUCUGACCCACGGCAGGCAAAAACCUUUCCGCUGCAAACUUUGCCAUAAAACCUUCAGCCGUUCGGCACAUCUGGCCCGCCACAAAUGCCCCGAAGCCACCAAUCAUUCUCCAGGGGGCACUGGCAGAUCCCAGCCUUUCCAAGAGCCAGGUAAAUUUCUUCCACAACAGGAACCGCAUGAAAAUAAGGUAGCGGCAGUGCAGAUCAGCACGAACAAUGGCAGGAUGCCUGUCUCUGCUGCCCCAAAUCAAAAGCAGGUGCUCCUGCAGGAAGACUGGACUUUGCUAUGCCUCGCUUGCAACGAGGCUUUUGAGACGAAGGGUGAGCUGAAGGCCCACAAGUGUUUCAAAGAGGUGGCGAGCCAAGAUGACCCAGAUGAUCAGGAGGGAGCCAAGCUGCACCAGUGUGGCGUGUGCCACAAGAACUUUGCUCGCCCGUGGUCUCUCUCGCGGCAUUACGUGGUCCAUACCGGCGAAAAGCCCUUCUCUUGCCCUGAGUGCGGAAUGGCCUUCCGCCUCGCCUCCUACCUCAGACAGCACAGCCGGAUGCAUGUGGUCAAUGGGGACUGCCCUCUGCUCGGUCAGGCCGACUCCCAGGAGGCGGAAGUGGUGUCUCCUGCGAUUGCUUCCUCUCCCCCAGGGCCAUCCCCAAAGAAGGCCUACGAAUGCAGUAUUUGCUAUAAACUCUUCAAGAGUAAAUAUGAUCUGGCCACGCACUUCCUCAUCCACACGGGCGCCCUGCCUUUUCAGUGCAGCCGCUGUGGGAAACGCUUCCGCCGCCUCUCCCACCUCAAGCAGCACGACGUGACCCACACGGCUGCCCGCCCCUUCCAGUGUGUCAUGUGCCAGAAAGAGUUCAAGCGCCUGGCUGAUUUGGCUCGCCACCGGCAGGUCCACGAGGGAGACAAGCCACACCAGUGUGGGGUCUGCCACAAGUUUUUCUCCCGCUCCUACAGCCUCCUGAGACACCAGCGAGGCCACUUGCCAGAAAUGGCCGCCGUCACCCAUUCUGAAGACUACCUCAGCAGUUCCUGCUUUGACAGUCAAGAUCACUCAGCCUUCCUGCCUCACCAGGAGGGGGAGGAGGAUGAGGGGGAGGAUGGGGUGGGGAGCUCUACAGAGGCUUCACAUAGCUUGUGA